AACUCUAAUUUCGCACGGCCUUUCAUUGGUCAGUGUGUGGACUUCACCGAAUCUGUGGGUGGAAUAUUCACGUGAACAGCACACACAGGGCCACAUGCCCUGAGUAAACAAAGGACGGGUAAAGGACACUGAAGGCCGUCAGAAUUAUCGCUAGUCCAAACAGUUUGUUUUUGUAUUGUUAAUCGUACCGGGCAAAGAGUAAUUACCCAGGAACAGCCAGAUUUCACUGUUUCAAGAAUUGGUGCCACUGUCAAUCAUCUGUUAUUAAUGAAUCAUUUUUGUUUGGGACUAUACAGUUUGUAAUCAGAAACUAAUUUCUCUGCAAAUCCUGAAGACUGAAGUGGAAAGCCAUGUUUCACAUCAUAGACAUCUGUACAAACAUGAUAAAGUUGUUGGUCAGCAGUUGUUGUCAUGCCGCAUGUAGUAGGGUAUCUUGAAAAAUACUUCAUACAUUUUAAAAAUUAUUCAAUCUGUUAAUACUCUGCUAGCAAUCUUGCAUGUCUCGAGUCAAGUCAACACAUAUCCCUUCAGUAGAAGGGAAUUCUAUAACAAACAGCAUGUCCAAGAAAAGUGUGAGAAGAGUGUUACAUUUGUGUCGCCGUUCUUCUGAAACCCUCAGCAGUGAGGAAAUAAGCUUACAAAGUGAAGAACUACAGAGUUUACUUGACAGUUCAAACAUUGACCUAAAUCAUCCAAGAAACAAGGGUUCUCUUCCCCUGUGUGAAGCGUGUCGAUCCGGGAAUGAGUGGGCUGUUGAUAUUUUGCUUCUGAGUGGUGCUGAUGUCAAUGUUCGUGAUAAAAACAAGUGUACACCAGUGUAUAUUGCAGCCUCCCAUGGACAUAAGUCCAUUCUUCAGAAACUUCUAGACAGAAAGGCUGAUGUCAAUGUGAAAAACUUGCAAGGUUACCUCCCCUUAUUGUCAGCAGUUGAGAAUAACCACAAAGACACAGCGCAGAUGCUCGUUGACGCCGGUGCUGAUGUCAACAUACUCCGUCCAAACACAUUUGGCAUCUCAAUGACACUAAUGACCUUUGUCCUGUUUGCCAAGAGUGAUAUUCCAUUUGCUGAACAGCUUUUAGAGGCAGGAGUUUGUCCCCAUUCCUUUGAAAAGCCUUUGAACUUUAUUCUUCUUGAAUACGGCGAUGACUGUCGGGAUUUUAUUAAGAAGCUAGUUUAUGCUGGGUUUGACUUCUACUGUGAUGGAUGGAUUAAGAUGGCACAACACAAAAUUGUUGCUGAACUUGCCGAAGUGAGUGACAAUGAGAAAGAUAUGAUAAAGUUUCUGGAAUAUCAGUAUUGCAAUCCUAGAAGUUUACAAAGACUCUGUCGCACAGUGGUUCGCAAUUCUCUGGCAAUGUCACACAAGAAAUGUCACAUCCGGCUGAAGGUGCAGCAGCUGCCGUUACCGACUGAGGUGAAAAAGUUCCUGUUACUGCAAUAUCUCUGAUGCACUGUCUUAAAUACAAAUAUUCUGCAACAUGUCUGUGAUUUGUUGGUGAAUGGCGAGAAUAAAAGCAGUGUUUUCUAUUG